AAUCAUCUGCUCCUCCAGUGGGCUGAUGAGGGUGUCCUGCUCCUCUGAGGGGGAUCCGCUCCUCUACAGCUGGACUCUGAAUGGAGAUCCACUGAUGGAUGGAAACAGCAGCAUUGAUCUGGAUGAGGGAACUGAUGGAGACAUCAGCUGCAGCGUGAAGAACCACGUCAGUCACGCACAGAAGACCGUUAGACUCAAACCCUGUCCUGGUCCAGAUCGGUUCUGCAGGUUUGAUCAACCAGAUCCCUGUUACACAGCUCUGAGAGACAAACUCAAUCUGAUGAUGGUGCUGGACACUAGUGAAUAUGACCUGAAGAUCGUAAAGAGAAUAAACAACAACACAGCAGAUGAUCCAGUUUGUAGAGUAAAGAAUGGCAGGAUGAGGAUGAGGGAAUGUGAUCUUUAUAACAGAACUGAAGUGACCAUCAUUAAUGGGACUCUGAUAAUAAACCGUGUGAUCAGCGCAGAUUCAGGGAAUUACAGAUUAACACUCGAGAGCUCAGACGGCACAGAAACAUCUAGAGAUCUUCAAGUGAUUGUUGAAGCUCCUAUUGGCUCAGUGGAAGUGUCAAUCAUCUGCUCCUCCAGUGGGGUGAUGAGGGUGUCCUGCUCCUCUGAGGGGGAUCAGCUCCUCUACAGCUGGACUCUGAAUGGAGGUCCACUGAUGGAUGGAAACAGCAGCAUUGAUCUGGAUGAGGGAACUGAUGGAGACAUCAGCUGCAGCGUGAAGAACCACGUCAGUCACGCACAGAAGACCACUAGAGUCCAACCCUGUGCUGGUCUGGAUCGGUUCUGCAGGUUUGAUCAGUCUGAUCCCUGUUACGCAGCUUUGGGACACAAACUCAAUCUGCUGAUGGUGCUGGACGCUAGUAAAUAUUACCGGGAGUUACGUAAGAGGAUGGACAACACAGCAGAUUAUCCAGUUUGUCUAUUAAUUAAUGACAUGAUGAGAAAUUGUGAUCUUUAUAAUAACAGACCUGAAGUGACCGUCAUUAAUGGGACUCUGAUAAUAAACCGUGUGAACAGUGCAGAUUCAGGGAAUUACAAAUUAUAUUUCCCUGACUCAUGGUACUCAGAAGAUCUUCAAGUGAUUGUUGAAGCUCCUAUUGGCUCAGUGGAAGUGUCAAUCAACUGCUCCUCCAGUGGGGUGAUGAGGGUGUCCUGCUCCUCUGAGGGGGAUCCGCUCCUCUACAGCUGGACUCUGAAUGGAGGUCCACUGAUGGAUGGAAACAGCAGCAUUGAUCUGGAUGAGGGAACUGAUGGAGACAUCAGCUGCAGCGUGAAGAACCACGUCAGUCACGCACAGAACACCAUUAGACUCAAACCCUGUGCUGUGUGUUCAGUGUCUGUGGUGUUUGUGCUGGUCUGGUGUCUUCAGCUGAUGGUUCUGUUGGGUCUGUUAGGAGGUUUUCACAUCUACAUGAGACACACGUCAGGAAAGAAGCAGGAAGAUCAGAAAGUGAGGAUGAGAAGAUUUAGAGAAGGACCUGAACACACAGCAGAAGAUUCAUGAGAGCAGCAGAUCUUCUGUAUUUUAUAUGAUUUUUAACAUGUUUAGACACAGAUGUCUAUUUUUUAUUCAUUUGUAAGUGGUAAGUGAUUCACUGCUAGUGGGUGACUUCAGUGAACCCAUCAACCAGCAUUUAUAUGUCUUUUUACAGUUUUAUAAAUUUGUUGACAUUUAUAAUGACAGUUGUAUAAAAGCAAGAGUAGUAGGCAUGUUAAUCUCUUAAAUCUCUUAUUAGUCUGAUUAACCAAGCUCUCCAUAAAACAAACAAAUCAAGUUAAUAAAAGACAAGUGAACAAAAUA